GAAUCAGCAUUUGGCACACCGCGUGGCACUUUUGAGAGUACGUGGACGGCUGUUUAAACAAACCCGAACGCGAGGAUUUCUCGAAGGGAAAUCUUCGAAAUCUUGUCUAUGAGAUAGGAAACAUCUUGUCUUGAAUACGCAGAUUUUGGACCGAUUAUAGCAGUCUGCUCAAACGCAUAGAUGUCAUAGAAGCAAUAUUGUUUCGCCGGCUUGUAUAGGGGGAUGUAAAAGUUGAGAUAAUGUGAUUUUAAAGGGAGAAAACUAGCGAGUGCGAGAAGGUGCACUUCUGCACUUCAACAAACACAGUUACGCAAAUCUUUCACAAGAAGGACAAAGCAACAAGGAAGCCCACAGACUCCCCUCGGCCAUGUUCACAGACACAGACAUUGCUCUAAAGGUGAUCUUCUCGGCUAUUACCAUAAUAGGAGUAACAGGCAACGUCAUGGUUUGUGCUGUUGUCCUAUUGGUCAAUUCCAUGCGAACGCCAAUGAACGUCAUCCUAGUAAGUCUCGCAAUCUCGGACUUAUUUCUUCUCGUGUUCUUCAGCCCUACGUUCAUAUUUCGCGGGCUCUUCACACACCCGACUGGCACAACUGGGGACGUCCUGUGUGCUGUGCUUACCGGCGAGACUCUCGCUUGGAUGGGUGGAUACGCGUCGUCGGUCUUCCUACUCGCUAUUUCCGUGGAGAGGUACUUCGCCGUGGCGGAUCCGCAUAGCUAUGGCGCGAGUUUUGUGACUCGUAAUCUAAAACUCGUCAAUGGCGCCUGUUGGUUGUUUUCAAUCAUUUGGAAUUGCAUCCCUGGUUUUCUCUACAAGCGCUAUGACCCAACACUACAGUUCUGCAACAUGGUUUGGUCGCCGAGCGUUUUCAAGACGUACAGCAUGUUGUGCUUUUUCGUCUUGGGGGUAAUUCCACUAGCUAUCAUGACAGUAUUGUACUCGAGGGUCAUCUACAUUCUCUGGUUCAAGCAAGUGGUUGUGCAGAUCGGGGACCAGGAGAGACAAAGGAUCAAACGCAAGCGUGCCACUCGCAUGGUACUCAUCGUUACCUUCAUCUACGCAUGCUGCUGGUUCCCUGAAAUCACCAUUUUUGUGAUCUUCGCCUACGCGCCCGGAUCUAUCCGUGGCGAGAUAGCUUACCCCGCAACUGUUGCCUUGGUUUCACUCAACUCAAUGAUAAACCCUAUCAUCUACAGUCUCCAUAGCAACCACUUUCGUGUCCACCUUAAGCGCUUGGCGUGCUGUAGGUUGAGGCGUAAUGACGUCAGCGAUAAUGAUUAUUCGACCGGUGGGAGUAAAGCACGGCAACUUGCGCUGCGCAUACCCAUGGAAGGCUAUACCGCUCACAGCUAAGCAUGCCUGAAGAUUCAGAGCCGUCUUUCUGAUCUCACACCUCGCUAGCCACAAAGCACAAUGCCGAAACUGAGGAUGGUGUUUUAGAGGCUUUAUAUCCCAUUUCCAAGAACCGUAAUUGCUCGAAUAAGCGCCUCUCCCAAAUAAGCGCCUCCCCCGAAUAAGCGCCUUCCCCGAAUAAGCGCCUCCCCCGAAUAAGCGCCUUCCCCCAAUAAGCGCCUCUCCCGAAUAAGCGCCUCGCCUUAACGUUUUGCACUUUACAGACAUCGUUUUGUGAGUUGGACUGCACCCCCACUCUACAGUAGAAAGGAAGUAACGAUAACUAACAGAACUGCCUACCACAAUAUUUUUUAUGGUUCUGGGAGAAUCCUUCCUCCGGGGGGGGGGGGGGGUCUUCAGUGUCAAAGUGAUAGGGAUGCUCGUCGGGAAGGGGGGUUCUUCAGGGUCAAAGUGAUAGGGACGCUCGUCGGGAAGGGGGGGUCUUCAGGGUAAAAUUGAUAGGGAUGCUCGUCGGGAAGGGCGGUUCUUCACGGUAAAAGUGAUAGGGAUGCUCGUCGGGAAGGGGGUUCUUCAGGGUAAAAGUGAUAGGGAUGCUCGUCGGGAAGGGGGUUCUUCAGGGUAAAAGUGAUAGGGAUUCUCGUCGGGAAGGGGGGUUCUUCAUGGUAAAAGUGAUAGGGAUGCCCGUCGGGAAAUUCGAAAAAAUACCCC